UCUUCUUCUUCUUCGAUCUAUUUUGUAUUUUUCUUUACUUUUGUUCGUGUAUUUGGUUUGUAGGAAGAGCAAAUUAUUGGUUUGGUGAGACAGCGAACAGAAGAGAUGGGUACUCGCGGGGAUGAUGAAGACGAAGAAUGUUUCUUCGAUGCCCCUAAUGAUGAUGUUCCCCAGGAUUUUGGUUUUCAACUCUGGACCAAUGACCCCGACAGUGUUUCCAACCGACGACGUAAGUUCCUCCAAUCCAUGGCCUUUAGUUUCAAUAAGUCUACGGAAGACAACGACUCCUCCUCAUCCUCAUCCUCUGUCUCUGAAGAUGAAGAACUUGAACCACCCUCUGUUCCCGUUUCUGAACUUGUCGUCAACGGCUCUUCGAAAGAGGAUGAUCUGUUGUUCUCGAGGAAUGAAUCUACUUCCUCCUCCUCUGUUUCUUCAUCCGAGGAAACAGACGAUCGAUCCUUGCUCUUUUCCAGGAACAGUAGUCAAGGGUUGAGCGAAUCAAGCUCAAGCAGAUCGGGCAGCUUCCGAGACGAUUUCGCUAAGAAAGGCGCACAGUUCUGGUUAAAGAAGCUAGGUGCUCUCACGCACGUCCUCGAAUCACUAGAUUGCGAAUCAGCAACUACGAGUGUGCAGACGUACAAAAAGCAGUUCAAGGAGCUCUCCUCUCUCUGUGUUGACCAAGAGUUUGCAGCGCACGAUGGUUCCAUCUUAGCCAUGAAGUUCUCUCCUGAUGGAAAAUUCAUUGCGAGCGCUGGCGAAGACUGUGUUGUUCGAGUUUGGAGCGUAACCGAGGAAGAGAGAACAGACAAGUAUCAAGUCCCUGUGGUUGAUUCUGGUGUUUACUUUGGCGUGAAUCAACAUUCUCAGGUUGAGCCUUUGAAUAUCAACAACGAGAAGAAGAAGAAGAAGAAGAGUAGCUUUUUGAGGAAGUCAUCGGACUCAACUUGCGUUGUGUUACCCUCUAAGAUCUUCAGUUUAUCCGAGAAGCCUAUGCAUGAGUUCAGAGGGCAUACCGGUGAGAUCUUAGAUCUUUCCUGGUCCGACAAAGGGUAUCUUCUGUCAUCUUCUGUGGACGAGAGUGUUCGUUUAUGGAGAGUAGGCUGUGAUGAAUGUCUCGGAACGUUCGCUCAUAACAAUUUUGUGACAUGUGUGGCAUUCAACCCUGUGGAUGAUAAUUACUUCAUUAGCGGAUCCAUUGAUGGGAAAGUUCGAAUAUGGGACGUGUCUCGCUGUCGGGUUGUUGACUACACUGAUGUAAGGGAUAUUGUUACUGCCGUGUGUUAUCGUCCAGAUGCAAAGGCUGCUGUAAUAGGUUCCAUAACAGGAGACUGUCGCUUCUACCUUAUACUUGAUAACCAGCUGCAAAUGGACAGGGAGGUUAGCUUAACACAUGGGAAGAAGAAGGUGCCAAGCAAAAGGAUCACUGGUCUUGAGUAUUUUCCCAAUGACUCAGACAAAGUAAUGGUUACAUGUGCUGAUUCACAGAUUCGUAUCAUAUCUGGAGAUGAUGUUAUCUGCAAGCUUAAAGCUUCUGGUGUCUGCACAACUACUGCUUCAUUUACUUUGGAUGGGAAACACAUCGUGUCAACAACAGAGGACUCAGGGAUUCAUGUGUGGAACAACUCUCAGUUACCCAGCAAGAAGCCAUCUUCCGGAAAGCCGAAAAGAAUCAGGUCAUAUGAGAGUUUUAUCUCACAGAAUGCGUCUGUGGCUAUACCUUGGCUGAGGCAGGCAAACAGGAAUAGCCUGAGCGACUGCAUCACAGAUAUGGACAAGAAGAUGGGGAAAAUGGACAGUUGUUUCUCCCCAAUGAAAGGAUCAACAACAUGGCCAGAAGAGCAGCUGGGCGAUGCGUCAACAACAAUGAGCAGUAGAGGGAAGAAGCUGAAGCUUCUGAAGAAUGUGUUGCAGCCUCACAUGUGGGGGCUUGUGAUUGUGACAGCGACUUGGGACGGAAAGAUCAGAGUAUACAACAAUUAUGGAUUGCCAGUUCGGGUCUAAAAUACAAGUGAAUAUAAUAUCAAAUAAGUUAGAUUAGGAUUCUUUUAUUUGUCUGAAGGCUAUUUAUACAUACUUACUAGUUAGGCGUAUAAAAUGUGUGUACACAUUGCUGAGUGUGGAUAAUGUACCUUUUACUCAGUCCCAAAAUGUCUAUAUUGUAGUCGAUAUAAUACACAGUUUUGUUUUUUA